UGGCUAAUCGAGAGGGGCGUGGCUACACAAGGGGGGGGAGGGGCAUGACGUCAGUGGAGAUCAAGCGGUUCGCAAAGAGUUAACAGUGGAGCUGGGAGAUGAGGAUCACAAUGGGGGUGCUAUCCCAGGGUUCAAGACUGAGGAGGGUGUGGAGCUGGAUUUUCAUAAUUGCUUCUGUCUUGGUCCGUGUUGCUGUGUGCCGUGAGUGUUCCGAGUCGGAGUUCCGGAAUCUGCAGGGAGUCUGCACGGAGUGCAUGAAGUGUGCUCCAGGCACUGAGCUAUCGCAGGAGUGUGGACGAGGCCUAGGCGUGCAGGCCUCGUGCUUGCCCUGCCCGUCACGUCGCUACAAGGAGGCCUGGGGCCCACAGCGCUGCCUCCUGUGCCUCGACUGCGCCCUGCUGAACCGCGCGCACACACACAACUGUACGCACACGCACAACGCCGUGUGUGGAGAAUGUGUGCAGGGGUUUUAUCGGAAGACCCGGCUGGGCGGAUUCCAGGACUCGGAGUGCGUGUCCUGUGCCAGCUCCCCGCCUGCAGACCGCACGCAGUGCGGACAGCGUGUCUCCGUGGUGCGUGUCUCCCACGGUGACACGCUGUCCGACGAGCGUGCUGUGACGGGCGUUGUCUGCGGGGUCCUCGCCACCGUCCUUGUGGCCGUCUCCGCCUUCUGCCUCGUCUACUGGAAGCACCACCUGGCCCACAAGCUCGCGCACCACCACCAGCAGCAGCAGCAGCAGCACGAAGGUGCCGUGGAGGCCCAGGAGGAGGAGCCUGAUGACGACGACGCGGGGAGGGAGGAGGAGGAGGCUCGGGCCUUGGCCCCGGGAGAGGGGACCCCCCCGGGAGAGGGGACCCCCCCGGGGAAGAAGGGGACCCCCCCGGGGAGUCGUGGAGACCCCCACGGGGAGGAGUUGCUGCCUCUCAAACCUCCGCACACCGCGCUGGCCGUGUGCGAUGGGCCCUCGAGUCUGCGCUCGCUGCAACCGGACUUCACCACGGCCGCCCCCUGCGCCCACUGCUGCCUGCACCACGGCGGCCCAGACUCCAACCACAACCCCUACCUCCUGGGCAGGACGGUCGCCGCAGGCAAUCGGGCGCAUCGCGGACGCCCGCGUGGCGGUGGCGGCGGUGGUGGCGGCGGCGGCGAGGACCCCGUCCGCUGUGGCUGCGAGGACCCCGCGAGGGGCGCGGGGGUGGGAGGGGAUUGGGGCGUCCGCGGAGCCGCCGGGGGGGGCGCCCGCUGGCGGCUCGCCACGGAACACUCAGAACCCCCUGCCACGGGCUGUGACCUCCCUACCGGCCCCUGUGAUGACUCUCUACACAAGGGUCACGUGACCCCGCCGGGCAUGCUGGGUAGAGGUGCCGCUGCCGCCCCUCUGCUGUGCUCCCAGCAUGCACCCCUCCCGGCCUGCCACUGUGAGGGCUGCCCAAUGGGCAGGCUCGCCGUUGGGGUCAGAGGUCGAGCACCAGCCAAUCAGGAGAUUAGAGUUGACCUUUGAUCGCUGGGUCCACGCCACGUCCAGUGAAGAAAGAGGAUUAGAAGAGGUUGUUACCCUUUUUAGCUUCGUCCGUCCGUCACGCGGGAGGAGGGGUGAUGGUGGUGGUUACAGAGAUGCCCGGUGAUGAUGAUGAUGGUGGUAGUGAUGGUGGUAUCAAAGCCAAGAUGUGGCGGGAAGUUGUGUGGCUGUCGGGGACUCACUCACUCACUCAGCCAUUCACUCAGCCAGCCAGUCAUUCACUCAGCUACUCACUCACUCAGCCACUCACUCAGCCAGCCACUCACUGAGCCACUCACUCAGUCAUGCACUUGCUCA